UGAAAACAUGGCGCUAACAUUGACAGAAGAAAUCAUUCGAAAUAGAGUUAAUUUACAGCAUGACAAUUUAGAGGAUGUGAAGGCAUUAUCUCUGCCAGGAACUUACCAUGAAAAAGUUGUAGAACUAGGAAGUUCCUUUAGAAAAUUCUCCAGACUAAAGUCCCUUGAUUUAUCCAGAAAUACUAUCACAUGCUUAAAGGGACUGGAACAUCUGAAGCUUCUGGAAAAACUGAAUCUAUACUACAACAGUAUUGAGAGUUUUGAGGAAUUGAAGAGAUUAAGGUUCAAUACUAAUCUAAGAGAACUUGACCUUCGAUUGAACCCUGUUACUAGGACUGAAGCAGACUACAGACUAUAUCUUAUUCAUAUGCUUCCAAAUUUACAGAAACUAGAUGAUAGAGGUGUUAGAGACAGAGAGAGACAGGCAGCUCUAGUCCAUUUCAGUUCAAGUCAGGCCACUGAGAUGACACCACAUGAAGAAAUCAUUGAACCUCCACACAGACAGCCUAACCCUCGUGCUCAGUCUGUAAGGGGCAUGGGGAAAGGAAUGACAGCUUUAGAUGAUGAUGACGUAGCAGUAUUAGAUUUGAUAGCCCAUACAGGUGGGGACUUGAGUAAGCCUAGACCUAUAACAGGGUCUGCUGCUAGAGAACCUAGUGCAGAGGAAUACUCACUAGAAGUUCUAAAAACUAUGGAAACAGUACCAGAAGAAGCUAUUGAGGAUUACCAGCAGACAAGAAAACAGACGGGCAGUUCAGGAGACGGACCAGUAGCUCCUCAUCAGAAAAAGUAUCCCAACAUUCCUGCUGGUCAUACAGGAUCAUAUGAUGUUGAUGGUACAAGACGAGAUGAAAACCUACAAUACCAGGAUGAAGUUGAUGCGUAUACUAAAUUUAAAAGUCAUGGCUACUUCACACCUCAUCCUAAUAUGGAGAAUGGUAGAGAUAGAUCAGAGAGUCCUAGAAUACCUACUGAAAGACGACAUGGUGGUGAGGAGGAACCCAAUGAUCACAGAAGGACAAAGAGUGUCCCUUCACACAAAUUAAAUGAUUCUUUGGAAGAAUUUGGUAUGCAUAGAAUAGAAGGAGAUCGUCUUGAAAAUGGACAUAGAUCACGCGAGAGACCAAAGUCUGAAAACGAGCCAGUUCAGGGAGAAACUCCAACAUACAGGGAAUUCUUAUUUAAAAUGUGUGAUCUUGUAGAUAGAUACUGGAAUGGGACCAAAUCUUUACACAAAAAUCCUAAAUACAAAGGUUUUGCCUAUACUUUAAUACAGAAUCUUGGAAAAAAGUUUGGUGAUGAUUCUACAAGGGAAAAAAGAUAUGUUGAUGAACAAUUAAAUCGACUUGAAGAAGAAAAUUAUCGUUUGAGGAAGCAAUCCAAUGAUACCAAAGCAACAUUAGCCGAUAGUACAUUUAAUGAAACACAGAUGAGAACACAAUUACGGAAAGCACAGACAGAUGUGGAUCAAUUGAAAGAGCAUUUAAAGAAGAUAGUGACAGAGAAUCGUGAUUUACAGAAGAAAUUAAAUGAAACAGGAAAUGAAGGGUCGGCUGUUAAUUCCAUGUCCUCUGUUAAUCAGACACAUUUAGAUGAAUUACAAAGACAGAAUGAUGUAUUGAAGAAUGAAAUCCAACUUUUACAAAUCAGAUUAAAACAACAUGGUCAGUUACAGGACCUUGCAUCCAUGCUACAGGAUAGUCACAAAUCACUUGUCACGACUAAUGAUCAUCUUUUAAAGGAAUUAAACGACACUAAACAGAGACAUAACAAUGAAGUUCAGCAACUCAACUGGAGUUAUAACCAAUUAAAAAAAUCAAUGAACUUACUAUCCAGUCGUAACGAGAGUAGUUAUCUUCCGAGUGUCAGUAGGGAUCAGGGACAUAAUCCAGGGCUCUCUAGAUCAGAUCAAAUGCUAGGAUGUGCAACUCUUUAUGAUGGUAGAGAAACAUAGCAUAUCAUAGAAGUGAUUUAAAUAUUCCAAGCAUUAUUGUGAUAAAGCUGCUGUGAAAUUUUUUGAAUUUUGUUACACAUUAGUUGUUCCUACACUGACACACAAAAUGUAAAGAAAUGAAACACAUUUUGAUGGUUUGCCUUGAUGUUUCUACAAAAUGCACUGUAUUCAUAUGAAACAUUGAUUAUGAUUUGAUGAAGACCCGUCUUAGAAAUUUGAUUUAAGAUCAUACAAUUAAGUCCUAAUCAGCUGGUAGGGAAUACCUCCAAAUCUAAAUAUAUCUGUUAUACCAAACACAAAUGUUAUUUUUUUGUUUUUUAAUGAUUCAAAUGCAUUUUAGAGUUGUGUUCAAGAGUUUUAAGCAUUUCAAUAAGUAGAAUCAUUAGUAGGCAAUUGUGAGUACACACAGUAGCAUAUAGAAUUAUUGUUAGUAUUGUUUCACUUCUUACACUUUGUAGACAUUUUUGAUAGCAUCAUUGACCUAUGUAUCUGUUCAGACUUUAAUAUUAAAACCAACUUUCCAUAUAUAUUAAGUGGUACUGAGUAGGGAAAAGAAACUAAAAUUAGGUUUUCGAUUUUUAUAAUAAUUAAAGUCACAAUUCUACAGUUGUGUGAAUUUAAUGCAUCUGAAUGUGACCAUGAAAUAAUUGUGUCCUCCCUAUGGUGUGACUCGUUCUUCAUUGUCUGUAUUUGGAGUGUUGGUUUCUGAUCAAUAACUGACAUUUUAGCUGACAAAUUCUUUUGAAACUUUAACAGGAUUUCUUGUAGGCAAACAAUUACUGGUAGUAUUGUUAAGUAACAUAACAAUCAAAUAUCCACAUUUCUAGUUUACAAAUGCCUUUUUUUAAAGUUACCUUAUAUUUUUGACAAGUUAUCAAGACAGUUUGUUUUAAAAAUAAUUGUUAUGCAGAAAGCAAUGUGUUUUUACCAUAAACAAAAAGAGUUCUAAUGUGGCAAUGGAGAAUUAUUAUUAUUUAUUAGAUUUUUAUUUUUGCAAUAUUUAAAGUAUUUACUUUGUUUAGUUAGAUUUAUUGUAUUUAAUAUUAUUUCUGUAGAAAUGAUUAUGUUUUAUAUUCUUGCCAAUUUGAUUCCGCCCUGUAUUUUAUUCAAAGUUUUAUCUAGAAUAAUAUAAUAGUUAAUAUAUUAAAACUACACAGACACAUUUAUUUAUAUCUGAAUAUAUAUAUAUUGUGAUGAAAUGCAUAACCUGGUAGGGGUAUGCUAUAAAAUGUAUAUUCACAGACCAGUGUUGUUAAAGUCAAAACCUUGGUCAUAGAUUGUAGAUCAAAUGAUUUAGAAUUUGUUGUGCACACAAUUUCUUUCACCAAUUGUGUUUUUUUUUAUUAUGUUCUGAAUGUAGUUAUGUCUUUUCAAUUGGCGGAUCCCACACAGGGCAGGUGCACUCGACUCCAAUCCAAUCCAAUUGACUAGGAUUUUCAGUUUUCCUACCGAAAAUCAGUGGUUCUCUCCGGGCACUCAGUUUUCCUCCACCAAUAAAAACUGAGAGCCGAGAAAUAUCACAGUAGUGUUGAAAAUGGCGUUAAACACCAAUCAGUCAAUCAAUCAAUCAAUUGGCCGUUUCAGAAUCUAAUGCAUUUUGGGUAUUAUUUUCAAAAGCAUACACCAAAACGUUGUGAUUGGUUUAAAAUAUUCUGAACAGUGGUAAUUGAACCAAUGAUGUAACGUUAUUUUCAUUUUGCUGUACAAACAAUGAGAUUACCCAUAGUCCUUUAGAUUCUGAAAAGGCGAAUUGGCCCAUAUUUUGGUUUUAAGUUGAUAUAACCUUAGAAUACAGUACCCUCAGCUUUUAUGUCUGUGUCAACAUCCUGAGUUCUGACUCAGGAAUAAUAAGCGAAAGAAUCCUUUAUGUAAUAUUUUUUGAUCCAAAGAUUUGUAGAUAUGUUUAAAAGAUAUAUAAUCAUCUAAGUAUAUGAACUUCAUUUAAGUAUGCAGGUCAUCAUCCAGGCAAAAUCAAUUAAAUAAAAAUUACACAAUUUAUAUAUAGACCCUGUUGACUUGGUUUGGGUUGGAAAGGGGUGGGUCAUUUGUUGGCUUUGUUUAUUCUGAUGUAUUUGUUUUUAGCAGUUUAAAAAAUUAAUUGGUUCAUGUUUCUUUUACAUGUUUUGGGAAUGGAGUCUUUAAACAAUUAUUUGUUCCUACUAUAGAGUUAUACGACAAAUUUUAUGAUUGUACAUUACCUAUAUUUCAUUAAAUUACAGAUGAAAUUACAGUAUUAAUUAGAUAAUGAACAGAAGGAGAAAGGCCUGUCCAAUCAGAUCAUUCAUUACACACUUUACUUUUCUUUCUACUGCAAUUUCCUUGGUGCUAUUUGAAGAUGAGAUCUGUUCUAGUUUUAUUAAUAAUUUACUCUACUGAUUUCAUCUUGUUUUUUGUUUUUGUUUUAUUAAGCAGAACAUCUGUCUUAGAUUCUUUCAUAAUUCUGAAUCUUUCAUUGGAAUCCACUGAAGCAUUGAAUAUAAAAAUUCUUGAACUAACACAUUUAAAAAAAUCUGUAUGCCUUAGGUGUGAGACCUUUAUAAUGUGUUUUCUUAGGUCUGGAACCUUUUAAAUGUAUAGAAGGUCCUUUGCAAGUCUUUACCAACUAAAAAUGGAAACAUUUUGUUUAUUCAAGUUUUGAUUUAAUUGACACACAUAGUUGAGUGUAAAACUGAAAAUGAAAAGGUAGAAAGUAUAUGUGUCAUAUAUUUGUAUAUGUUUAUAUAAAUAAUUUGUGUGGCAAUGUAAAAUAAAAUAUUUUUGUAAUUUAA